GCGGACGGGCCCGGCACUCGCUUCCGGUUUCCGCCGGAGCCUGGAGUCGUUGCGCGCCGCCGUCAUGGCAGCGGAGGAGAAGGACCCCCUGAGCUAUUUCGCGGCUUACGGGAGCAGCAGCUCCGGCUCGUCGGGCGAGGAGGAGAACAGCGAGCCCGAGGAGACCCGCGACAGGGCCCCCGAUGCGGCGGGGAAGCAGGCGGAGAAGCGGCUGCCGGGCCCCGACGAGCUGUUCCGGAGCGUGGCACGGCCGGCCUUCCUCUACAACCCGCUCAACAAGCAGAUCGACUGGGAGAGGCGCGUGGUCAAAGCGCCCGAGGAGCCUCCCAAGGAGUUCAGGAUUUGGAAGUCCAGCUGUGUGCCACCCCCAGAAACAUACUCAGCCGAGCGGAGGCCGCCACCGCCAGAGCUGGACAUGGCCAUAAAGUGGUCUAACAUAUAUGAGGACAAUGGCGAUGACGCCCCCCAGAAUGCUAAGAAAGCCAGGCUCUUACCAGAAGGGGAGGAGACAGUGGAAUCUGAUGAUGAAAAAAAUGAGCAUACUUCUAAAAAGCGCAAAAUAGAACCAGGAGAACAAGCCAAGAAGAAAAAAUAGAAAACAACAAAUAAUGCGAUUCUAUGGACUCUGAAGCUUGUUGAAAUGGUUUUGGGGACAGAUUAAGUUGAUACUGAUAAGUUAUUAUUACACAACAUCUCCAUGAAAAUGCAAGCUAAUAAUAAGUAUUGCUGCAGGAACUUUACAUUUUAGAAUUCGUUUUUAUUUAAAACUUACGUGUAUUUAAAAUUCAAAUGGUGACUUGUGAUUGAUUGUGAAAUUGACGGUUGGAAGCAUCCUUGCUGUCCAUGAUUGGUGAUGUGUUUGGAGAGUUUUGUCACUUGUUGACAUGCCAAUAUACUAUGAACCUUUUAUAAAGGAAUAUAUUUUUAAAGUAAAUAUAUUGUAAUGUACUGUGAAUUUGUAGGGUGCUUUACAACAGUGUUUAUACAGUGUAUAUAGAUCAUGGAAAUAAAAUUAUUCACUAUUAGUAUUACUGCAUAACAAACAUUUGAAUAUUUGUGACAAGUACCAUUUGCCAUAUUAUGUUUCAAAUUGUAGUAGUAGAUAUUACUACUUAAGGGAGUGCCUCCUGCAUUCCAGGUGCUUUGUGUUACUUCAAUCCUCAGACUACCCACUAAAGCAAUAUAUUAACCCUAAUAUAUUAUAAUAGAGAUUAAUUUUUCUUCCUAAUGAGAGAUGUAUAUGAAAUUUGACUCAUGACUCUGAUUUUAAAAUCAUACACUAGCUCAUUUAUCUAUGCACCGCUCAAAAUUUAACUGCUGUUGCCAUCUCUUCCAGCUGCUCUUCUGGGAUAGUAGAUCUUCACUGAUUGUAGUACUGUACUUGUCAGGAAUAUCUAAUACCAUGAUUAUUCACUGAAUGUCCACUAGUUUACUGAAGAUAAGGAUCUUAUGCAAGUCUAUCAAAAUACAAGACGCAGUCUAUCAAAAUACAAGACGCAGUUAAAAGGAGAAAUUUUUUUCUUACUCCCCAAAAAGAAAAUUUUAAAUAAACAAGUGUCCUCACCUAUACAAUAUUUGGAACAUACUUAAAUGAAAAAUGUGUUUAUCUGAAGUUCACAUUUAACUGAGCAUCCUGUGUUUUAUCUGGUAAUCCUACAUGUUCUUUUCUGCCCAGAUUCUAUUUUUUUUUCUUCCAGAUUCUAUUUUUAAUGUGUCAUAUGUAAUAGUACAUAAGAAAAUGAGCAAGAGGUAAUCAGGAAGACAUUCUUUAAUUUGAAUUUUACAGUUUGAAGUGCAGUGUAGUUGUUUGCAGUAUCUCGAUUAAAAAGAGGAUCAGACAUUCAAUCUUUUCAGGAUUCUUGGAUCUGUUAGAUUUAAGAGUUAAUGCAUAAGUCUACUAUACAUAAAAUGUAUAAGAAAAAUUAAAGACAUCUGUCUUUGAGUUU